AUGUCGUCGAGCAACGAUGUACCUGCUCAUAUCCCUGCCUCGAGCAAGGGCUCGUGGACGAGCUUCCUGAAGUCGAUUGCCUCCUUCAGCGGAGAUCUCUCAUCCCUGACCGCUCCCCCCUUCAUCCUCUCCUCAACCUCCCUGGUCGAAUACUCCGCAUACUGGGCCGAACAACCGGAGCUGUUUGUCGCCCCGGCGAAGGAAGCGGAUCCAGAGAAGAGAGCUUUGUUGGUUCUCAAGUGGUUCCUCAGUACCCUCCACCAGCAAUACUGCAGUCGCAGUGAGAAACUAGGCAGCGAGAAGAAGCCCCUGAACCCCUUCCUAGGGGAGUUGUUUAUUGGGAAAUGGGAAGACAACGGUGAAGUCGGCGAAACAGCUCUGAUCAGCGAACAGGUCAGCCAUCACCCGCCAGCGACAGCCUACGCCAUCCUUAACGAGAAGCACGGCGUUGAGCUGCAAGGUUACAAUGCCCAGAAGGCUUCGUUUUCAAGCUCUAUCCAGGUGAAGCAGCUGGGUCACGCCCUUCUGACGGUUACCCCACCUGGCGUAGACAAGGACGAUGCGGCCGCGAAGGACACAUACCUUAUCACGCUUCCCAGUCUGCACAUCGAGUCUCUGAUCUACGGAACGCCGUUUGUCGAAUUGGACAGAUCUACACGUAUCGCCAGUUCAACGGGAUACGUCGCGAAGAUUGACUACUCCGGUAAGGGCUGGCUGGGCGGAAAGAAGAACAGCUUCUCUGCCAUUCUGUACAAGGAGAGCGAGGGAGAGAAGAAUCCACUCUACACUGCUGAGGGACAGUGGUCCGGUACUUUUGUCAUCAAGGACUGCCAGGCCAAGAAGGAGGUCGACAAGUACACCGUCGGCGAGCAGAAGACGACGCCAUUGAAGGUGGCCGCCAUCUCCGACCAGGACCUAUACGAGAGUCGAAGGGCGUGGCAGGAUGUCGCCUCCGCCAUUGAACGCGGGGACAUGGAGGCCACUUCCGUGGCGAAGUCGAAGAUCGAAAACGCCCAACGUGAGCUGCGCAAGAUCGAGAAGGAAGAAGGAAGGGAAUGGGAACGGCGAUUCUUCAAUCGGAUUGAUGUGAACGACGAUAAGAUGUUCUUGAAGCUUGCCAAUGUGCUGGGCAUUACCGACUGCAUCGACGCCGACAAGACAGGCGGUGUGUGGCGAUUCGACAAGGAGCGAGCGAAGGAUGCCAAGUCGCCAUACCACAAAGAAAGCGGUCGAGGUUUAGGAUUGGCCAACUAA